CACACUGCGCAUGCGCCACUCCGAAGCGGACGGAACCAUUGGGCAGAGCCAGAGCGGGAGAACCCGGAAGUAAGCACCAAAGGGGGAAGCACGUGGCUCAUUCUUGUGAAGAUGCUCCACUCCUUCAGCUGUCGUGUCCCUCGCUUUGGGCCACGAUGCUUGACCCUUUGGAGGGGAUACCAUCCCGUUGGCAAGAAGUCCAUGUCCGAAGACCACAACUUUGGGCAAUGGUAUGGACAGUGGUUUGCCAUUUUGGCCAGUAGUAUGAGAAAGCGGCACUUGGACAGAGCCAACUUUGCCAACUCGACAAAGAACGUGUUCCUUGGAACGAGGGGGACGUUGAACUCCGCCGGAACCCGUUGCCCUUACUCACAGAGUAGUGAAUCCGGCCCACGAUUCGCACUGAGGACCCGGAUCGCGAUCACCGUCCUCAUUGGGAGCGGGAUCGUAGCCGCUGGGCUGUACGUCCGCUCCGAAAAGGCCGAGGCGGAGAAGCGGAGGCGCAUCGAGGAGCUGCGCAAGCUGGCCAUCGGUCAGGGGGACUUCCGCUUGGUGGACCACACCGGCCGGCCGCGCUCGAAAUCCGACUUCCGGGGCCAGUGGGUCCUGCUCUACUUCGGCUUCACGCACUGCCCGGACAUCUGCCCCGAAGAGCUGGAGAAGAUGAGCCGCGCGGUGGAGCUCCUCGAUGGAGAGGCCCACCUGCCCCGGGUCCAGCCGGUCUUCAUCACGGUCGACCCCGAAAGGGACGACGUGGCCGCCGUGGCCAAGUACGUCAAGGAGUUCCACCCGCGGCUCCUGGGCCUCACCGGCACGGCCGAGGAAGUCAAGGAAGCCGGGAAGGCCUACCGGGUCUACUACAGCGCCGGCCCCAAAGACGAGGACCAGGACUACAUCGUGGACCACACCGUCAUCAUCUACUUACUCAGCCCGGAUGGGCUCUUCUUGGACUACUACCAGCGCAACAAGUCGGAGGCCAAGGUUGCGGAGAGUGUCAAGAAACACAUGGAGACCUACCAGAGCCUCUUCGAAUGAGCCUUCUUGGUUGGUCUCGUCACCAAAAGAUGGCAGAGAGCAUCAAGGACAUGGAGGUGGACCAGGGCCUCCAUGGAUGAGCAUGCUCUACUUCAGACACGGGCGAACUUCAGCCCUCUUCCAGGUGUUUUGGAUUCACUGGUAGUUAGAAAGUCCAAAACACCUGGAAGAGGGCCAAAGUUUGCCCAUGCCUGUCUAUCUUAUUGUGCCCAGUUUUGAAGAAGAGGACCUACCAGAACCUCUUCAGAUGAGCAAGUGCGUUCUUGGUUGGUCUCGUCACCAAAAGAUAGCAGAGAGCAUCAAGAAGCACAUGGAGAUGUAUCAGGAUCUCCAUGGAUGAGCAUGCUCUACUUCAGACAUGGGCAAACUUCAGCCGUCCUCCAGGUGUUUUGGACUUCAACUCACACCAUUCCUAACAGCCGGUAGGCUGUUAGGAAUGGUGUGAGUUGAAGUCCAAAACACCUGGAGGAUGGCUGAAGUUUGCCCAUGCCAGCUCUACCGUAACGUGCCCAGUUUUGAAGAAGAGGUCCUACUAGAACCUCUUUGGAUGAGCAGAUGCGUUCUUGGUUGGUCUCGUCACCAUUUGGUGAUUUUGAAAAGAAGGUGGAAAGCAUCAAGCACAUGAAGGUGUACCAGGGUCUCCAUGGAUGACCAUGCUCUACCUCAAGCAUGGGCGAACUUUGAAGGGCUGAAGUUUGCCCAUGCCUGCUCUACCUUAACAUGCCGAGUUUUGAAGACCUAUCAGAGUCUCUUCGGGUGAGGAAGUGCGUUCUUGAUUGGUCUCGUCAUUAUUUGGUGAUUUUGAAAAGAUAGAGAGCAUCAAGAAGCACAUGGAGAAGACCACGGCCUCCAUGGAUGAGCAUGCUCUUCCUCAAGCAUGGGCAAACUUAAGCCUUCUUCCAGGUGUUUUGGAUUCACUGGUUGUUAGGAAGUCCAAAACACCUGGAAGAGGGCUGAAGUUUACCCAUGCCUGCUCUACCUUAAUGUGCUCAGUUUUGAAGAGGACCUACAAGAACCUCUUUAGAUGAGCAAAUGCAUUCUUGGUUGGUCUCAUCACCAUUUGGUGAUUUGGAAAAGAUAGCUGAAAGCAUGAAGAAGCACAUGGAGAUGUACCAGGGCCUCCAUGGAUGACCAUGCUGUAUCUCAGGCAUGGGCAAACUUUGAAGGGUUGAAGUUUGCCCAUGCCUGCUCUACCUUAACAUGCCCAGUUUUGAAGAAGACCUGCCAGUCUCUUCGGGUGAGCAAGUGCAUUCUUGGUUGGUCUCGUCACCAUUUGGUGAUUUUGAAAAGAUGGCAAGAAGCUGGGCAAGGCUUUUGGGAGUUGGAGUUCGAAAGGUUGGAUGCCAGUGGUAUAUAUAGUCCUCUGGAGGAUGGCUGAAGUUUGCCCAUGCCUGAGGUAGAUUAUGCUCAUCCAUGGAGGCUCCAGUGCACCUCCAUGUGCUUCUCCAAUGGUCAAGAGGUCUGGGAGAUCCAAAAAACCUGGAGGACAAAAGGUUGGACACCACUGAUUAACACUAUUGGGAUGUUGUCUUGCACUGAAAUGACAUUACUCCACACUGGGAUUCCAUAGCAGGAGUGUCUUUGUGUUGUUGAAGGCUUGAUGUUGAUAUGCAUUUUGCCCAUGGUAUUGAUACUUACUGUACAUAUUAUAUGCAUUGCAUAAAUCUGUGUCAUAUUUGAUUUAGUUACAGGACAACUUAACACUUAUACAGAACUAUUGGGAUGUUGCCUUGCGCUGAAAUGACUUUACUCCACACUGGGAUUCCAUAGCAGGAGUGUCUUUCUUAUAUGCAUUUUCCUGGACAUUUUAUCAGUUGAGGCCAAGAUGUCAAAGACCUUCAAGAGGCACAUGGAGAUGUGCCACAGCCUCUUUGGAUAAGCAAGUCGGUUGUUGUUUGGUCGGUGCAAGAGCCAUUUGGUUCUUUACAGAAAUACAAGAUUUGGACAUCUCUUUUAGUCACAACAGAGCACGCUAAUGGCAGGAACAAAACAUGAAGAUCCAACCACUUUCCUUGGAUUCGCACAGCCAAAGAAUCAAACUCUAUUCUGCUCUACUUGAAUGUGCCCAAUACAUUUGAAGGCAGGGACUAUUUAUAUGCAUAAAUCAUAGCAUCCCAGACUUAGAAGACGGAUGGAAAAAUACAUGGAUGGAUGGAUGGCUGGAUAGAUAGAUCCUGUGCAUUUGCCCUGAAAUCACUUGUCCACAUAUAGUAAGCACAAAGAUACCAUAUAUACUUGAGUAUAAGCCGACCUGAAUAUAAGCCGAGGCACCAAAUUUUACCACAAAAAAAACCAGGGAAAACAUUGACUCCAGUAUAAGCCAAGAUACCAAUAAAAUUACAUUAAUUGAGGCCUCAGUAGUUUAAAUGUUUUUGAAUCUUUACAUCAAACUGUAAUUUAAGAUAUUAAAUCAUUAUUUUCAUCUUCUUCAAUGUAAAUGGGCUUAUGUAGCCUUUUAAUAAUCAUAGAGUGAAAUAAUAAAUGUAAUAAUAAUAAAUGCAAUAAAAUAAUAAAUGUAGUAAUAAAUAGAGUAAAAUAAUAAAUGUAUUAUUAAUAAUAAAAUAGAGUAAAAUAAAUGUAAAAGUAACAAUAGUAAUAGAGUAAAAUAAUAAAUGUAAUAGUAAUACAGUAGAGUCUCACUUAUCCAACAUUCGCUUAUACAAGGUUCUGGAUUAUCCAAUGCAUUUUUGUAGUCAAUGUUUUCAAUAUAUUGUGAUAUUUUGGUACUAAAUUCGUAAAUACAGUAAUUACAACAUAACAUUACUGUGUAUUAAACUUCUUUUUCUGUCAAA